CGAGUUCAUGACGGCAAAUGCUGUUAGUUUAGGAUGACCGAAAAUUACUCAUGAAAACACUCGCGUUAAACUCAUCUGUUUGCCGUGUAUGAACAAUAUUUGAUACUACACAGCACAGGGAAUGCAUAGUGGACCUCUCUCGAACCGUGUCAAAGAAUCCAUCGACCCAGCACAUCGUUAAAUUUUCAAAAUGGCGUCUUAUUUGGAGAAGUUGCCAAAUAUCAUACACCUAAAAUUGAAUAAAACCACCUUUCAACCAGGUUUUUCUCAGUCUGAUACGUUCUAGUAAUAGAGCUUGCUUAAACAGGAUGGAUCUUCGAAAAAGUGAUAAUUUAUGCCUGAAACGUAUUCAGUUUGUGACUCCAGUUUUUUCCAAUGUGGAUGAAUAUUUGUCAACUCCACGCCAAGUGCCACUGCCAGACCUGAAUGUCAAGCUUGAUGGGAAAGAGAUCAAAGAGUUCUAUGAAGAAUUGGUACAAAGAGAUUCUGAGACACCGAGUGCACAACCAGGAUGCAAGACCAGCAGUAAAGCCCUGCAGGAUAUGGUCAAAGGGCAUAAGGCGGUUCCAUCUUCACUGUCGUCCGACAAAUCAUGCACAGAUAACUUGAGCGAUAUGGAACUGACAAAAUUGAAUCGUGAUCUUUUGUUUUCAUCACAGAAUGGUGAUUUAAAGACAGUGACAAAGUUACUAAAAAGAGGAGCAGACUUGAAUGCUACAGAUAUGUUUAGUUGGACUUCGCUUAUGUGUGCUUGUCACAGUGGAUCAUUUUCAGUUACGGAGUAUCUUCUAAGUUUGGGAGCGAGGACAGAUAUAAAGAAUUCCCAAGGUAGAACUGCUUUGGACUUAGCCAAAAUUGCUCAUCGCUCUGAUAUUCUUAAUCUUUUCAAUGGCAAGGCAUGCCAAGCUGGGAAAAGUGGCAAAAAUCGAGUCGAAAAAACAGUGGAAAGAUUUUUCUGUGAUAACUGUGGGCGAGACUUCUCUGACACAACUAAAAAGGCACAUGAGUCAUCUACAAUUCAUCUCUUCAAUCUGCGUAAGCCUUCACGUCCUACAGGCUAUCUUAUACCAGAGAGUAAUCCUGGCUAUCAGAUCAUGGUCAAGGGGGGCUGGGACACUGAGAAGGGACUAGGGCCUACUGGACAGGGACGUAAGUUUCCUGUGAAAACCACAUUGAAAAUGGAUAGAGCAGGUAUAGGUAUUGAAACUGAUGCCAAACCAAGGGUCACUCAUCCUGCUCCACAAAUCUCUGGUGAAGGAGCAAAAACAAGCAGACAUCCUCGAGAUGGGUCAAAUAGCCGUAGAGCAAUCAAAAGGAAAGAACAAAUUAAAGAUAAGAAGUGGGAGAGAAAAUUGAGGAUGGCACUGACUUUAGAUUAAGACUCCUUCCAUUCCUUGUACCUGUACUUCAGAUACAUGUACUUACUUAGUCCGUCCUGCCCUGCUGCACUUACUGAACAUUGAGGCUGAGCUUAUCAUAUCACCUUGUCUUGUGUGAGAGUCUCUAAAAGGUGUUCGUACAUCAAUUGAAUGAUGUAUCAAACAAAUUGAUAACUAAAUCUUCAUAUUAAGGCCAUCAGCACAUCAACCUAUUUUAUCACAGGAUCACAUUUUGUUUGGAACACCCUAGACAUGCAAGAUUGUGUUCACUGCAGUCAAGAUCCACAUUUAUUCCCAUAAACCUCCAUGUACACGAGACUGGGUCACUAUGAACCUUAUUCAAUUUUUACCAUGGAAGAACGUAAUGAAUAAGCAUGUGAGUAGAUGAUUUCACUGCCUGUAUUACAUCAUAAUACUUGUCUUUUGCCUCUCAGUCUCAAUAAGCUGCAAAUUGCAAGUUCCUGAUAAUAUCAAGCAUGGAAUAUACAUACCCGCUACUUCCUAUCUUUCAAGACUACCCACAAAGGUGUGAAACCUACAUAUGAAUGAUAAAUCUUGGUUUCAUGUCGUACAGACAAGUCCAUAGCAUUCUAACGAAACUACAUGUAUGAUGAGCUUACUUCCAUUUUAUGAAUGUAUAUAUUCAUGUCCUGAAAUAUGUUCCCAAUGGCAAGCCACUACAACAGGCACGACAGGAAUGAGCGGAAGGUUUAUUAUUAGAUGGCCGAGUCACUUACAGGGAGUGCAAUUUUAUCUACAUCAGUAAUUAACUGACAUUCGAUCCACUGAAUUCUAGUAAUAGAAAUUGUAUACUACGGAUGUACAUGCAUGCUGUGUAGGGACUGGUAAUGAUGGAUAUGUUAUUGUUACUCGUUUGAACUCAUGAGUCAUGUUAACCCUAGUUUUUGUCCCCUGAACUUAAUUGCAAAAUGAAGCAUCAAACAAAUUAGUGUAACGCCCAUAUAUUAUAAGUUGGUAAUUCAAACUUCUGUUUCUGUUUUCAAUUUCAAAUCUUAUUUUAUGUGAUCUGUUGUUGUGUGGCAUUACUUUCAACUCAAAAGACACACCAUAACAAGUGGUUCACAGAUUUUUAGCGUGACAUGCAGAUCAUUUGAACACCUACUUCUUUUGUCAAAUCAAUGAGAAGCAGUAUUGUCACAUUGCCCAAGAUUGCUUGAAAAUAUAACCAACACUUCAACAAAGCAAUAAAUUGU